AUGCCUUUUUGUCCCGAGUCACCUCGGUGGCUUAUUUCCAAGGACCGGGGUGAUGAAGCAUACGCCAUUCUGCACAAGUACCACAGCGAAGGCGAGAACGGCGAAGAAUUUGUCCGCCUAGAGUACGCACAGAUCAUGUCCACUAUUCAGCAGGAGAAGGAAGUCGCCAGCAAGUUUGCUUGGGCUGAUGUUUUCCGCGAUGCCGCUAUGCGCCGUCGGUUCAUGCUCGCUGCAAUCAUGGGCUUCUUCACUCAAUGGAGUGGAAACGGUCUUCUGUCUUUUUAUAUGAAAAAGAUUCUCAAUCUCGUAGGCAUUACGGACAACCGCACUGUCCAGAAGGUUAUCCUAAGCAACACGUGUUGGGUGUGCACCAUCGGGACUGCUGCGGUAUACACUGUGUGGACCAUUGCAUCUGCCAGAUUCGCGAUAGAGAAUUCCCAAAGGGCGGCCAUUCCCGUCCUGGUUUUCAUAUUCGUUUACUCCCCGGCCAAAGGAAUUGCUGUUGAGCAACUUACUGUUCGAUUCGCUGUCUUUUUCAACACUUACGUCAACCCCAUCGCCCUCGACUCUAUUGGCUGGAAAUACUACAUUGUAUAUUGCGUCUGGAUCUUGGUCGAGAUUGCCACGGUGUACACGAUAUUUCCUGAGACCCAAGGUCGCACUCUCGAAGAACUUUCUUUCAUGUUCGAGGGCAAAGAGAUACAGGACAAAGUCCAGAAGAAUACCCAAAAGGUGCUUCAAGUCGAACUCGAAGACGUCGGGGCUCGAUCACGACCAGGAUCACAUAAUGCGCCUCCGGGUGCAAAGGUUUGA